AUACAAGUAUUCACAAAAUUAUUGUAUUACAAUUUGUUUGGUCGAUUCAACAAGUAAUAAGCAUAGAUUUAUUUCGUUAGAAUUUAUUUUACAGGAUAUACUACUCGAUUUCCAGUGGAUUUUUAAUUACUUCUGCAUUUCUACAGUAAAUUCGUUUUACAGAAUAUAUUAAUCUUUCUUUCAGAAAUAUGAUAAAUGUGAAACUCUCUGCCAUAGAUUUUUAUAUCUGCACUUUUAGGAGGUCUCUUACUAUAAUUCACAGGUGUGUUUGUUGGCUUAUAACUUUGCCAAGCAAAAGGAACAAUUUACUUCCAUAAGAGUCUUGGUUAUUAUGAAUAGUAAGUAAAAUUAAUCAUUAUGUUCUAGGGUCGAGUAAAUCUAAAAAAUCCAGAUCACAAGUUUUGGCUUAUGGAGACUGAUGACUAUGGACUUAACAAUGGGCUUCCCCCGGUUAGCCAAAGGAGAAUAUUUUUUGGUCGGGAGGUUGGUGGUGCUGAUAGAAAGCUUAUACCGACUUAUCAGUUGAAAAGUCGCACUUAUCUUGGCCCAACUGCCAUGGAUGCAGAAAUAGCUUUCUUGAUGGCGAAUCAAGCACAUGCUGCACCUGGGAAACUUGUCUAUGACCCAUUUGUGGGCACUGGGAGCAUUCUUGUUUCUGCAGCUCAUUUCGGAGCCAUGACAAUGGGUGCAGAUAUUGACAUUAGGGUUGUCCGUGAUGGGCGAGGUCCUAACUGUAAUGUUUGGAGCAACUUCAAGCAGUAUGGGUUACCAAUGCCAAUUGGACUGCUACGAGCAGAUAAUAACCUUCCUCCCUGGCGUCCUGGAUUGAAAGAGGUGUUUGAUGCCAUAAUCUGUGAUCCUCCUUAUGGUGUUCGUGCUGGUGGACGUAAAUCUGGGGGCCGAAAAUUGCUCAAGGGGGUGGUUGACCCAUACAUUGUUCCUGAUGAUAAGAGGACAGACCACAUACCAUCGACAGCACCUUACAGCUUAGUAGAAUGCGUGCACGAUUUGCUGGACCUUGCUGCUAAGAUGCUUGUGAAGGGUGGCAGGCUUGUCUUCUUCUAUCCUGUACUAAGAGAAGAUGAUUUUCCAGAGAACCAUUUUCCUGAGCACCCUUGCUUUCAAUUAGUUGCAUCUUCUGAACAAAUCCUAAGUUCCCGUUACAGUCGGGUUUUACUGACAAUGAUUAAGAUAGGACCAUACACCAAGGAAAUUGAAGAGGCAGCAAGGCUAAAGCAUAUGGAGUUCAGAGAGAAUCAUGUCAAGUGGUUAGAAGAUGGUAAUAUUCACUCUUCUGUCUUUACUCCUCCUGAUUCUCAGCUUACUGCAGAUUCCAACAACUGCAAGGAACCAAAGCCAAAGUAUAGAGGGAAAUAUGUCUAAAGUCUAAGGUUGGGCAAUUGUACCAUUUUACCUGAUUAGCCAUUCAUCAUUAGGAAUUCUAUUUGCUAAUGGAAGUGCAUAACUUAACCUUAAUGUGGUCUGUAAGUUCUCAAUUGUUUGAGUAGAGAUACCCAGCAGGCUAGGAAUAUUUUUGUUUGUAACUCUAAGAUGAAGGUUAUGAACAUUUUUAUUUGUUUUAUAUAAAGUCUUUUUUUUCUUU